GUGCCCGCCGGCUGUCUGACUUGAAGCGAAGGACCGACCGAUGUGCGUCUUUACGCAUAUCGCUCGUUAACCCUCGCUGAAAAAACAAUGCUCGGCUUGGCUUUGCCUUCCGCUCCCCAGUGCUGAAUGUAACUACAACUUGCCGGCUCUGCGACACAGCACAAGGAAUGCGCGGAGCGAUGGCUAGUUCUCACUCAGACACCUGCCCCAAGUGGCGUCUGAUAACCUUUGUCAUCUGGACUUGCCUCUGGGAGUUUAUCAGCGGUCAGAUCCGCUACUCUAUUCCCGAAGAGUUGAAGCACGGGGCGUUUGUUGGGAAUAUCGCCGAUGAUUUGGGACUUGAUGUCAGGCAGCUGUCGGCGCGGCGGUUUCGUAUCGUCCCUGCGGCCAACACUCAGUACUUGGAGGUCAAUCUGGAGAACGGGAUUUUGUUCGUGAACGAAAAAAUGGACAGAGAGUUGCUGUGCGAUUUGACUUCCAGCUGUUUCCUGCAUCUGGAGAUCGUGGUGGAAAACCCGCUGGAGUUACACCGGGUGGAGGUGGAGAUAUUGGAUGUGAACGACAAUUCCCCCAGUUUCCCCUGGAGGGAAUUCCGCUUGGAGAUCGCCGAGUCGGUGGCUCUGGGUUCGCGUUUCCCGCUUGAGAACGCUCACGACCCGGACGUUGGCACCAACUCGCUGCAGACCUACAGGCUCAGUCCCAACCAGUACUUCCAGCUGGAGGUGCAGACUCGCAAGGGGCGCAAUAAGUUCCCCGUGUUGGUGCUGGACAGGUCACUAGACCGGGAGAACCAGGCGGUGCACCAGAUGGUGUUGACGGCCGUGGACGGCGGGGUGCCGGAGAGGUCGGGCACCGCUCUGGUCAUUGUCACCGUCCUGGAUGUCAACGACAACGCUCCUGUCUUCGACCAGGCUGUGUAUACCGUCUGUCUGGUGGAAAACGCGCUGAGAAACACCUUGGUGAUCAAACUGAACGCCACCGACUUGGACCAAGGGUCCUACGGAGAGGUAACCUACUCCUUUAGUAAUCAUGCCCCAGCCCGCUUGCGCCAGCUCUUUCGGGUCGACCCCCAAACGGGCGAAAUUCGAGUCAAGGGUGUGGUGGAUUAUGAAGAGGCGAGUGUUUACGAGAUUUAUGUCCAGGCGAAAGAUAAGGGUCUUUACACGGCGGCCGUGCAUUGCACGGUGGUGGUGGAAAUUAUCGAUGUCAAUGACAACGCGCCCGAGCUGAUCUUGACCUCUGUGUCCAGUCCAGUCAGGGAGGACGCGAUGCUGGGGACGGUGAUCGCUCUGAUCAGUGUGACCGACCGCGACUCGGGCGACAACGGGAAGACCUACUGCCGCAUCCCGUCUCAUCUCCCUUUCAAACUCCAGUCGUCUUUCAAGAACUAUUACACUCUGGUUACGGACGAUCACUUGGAUCGCGAGCGGGUUUUUGAGUACAAUGUGAGCAUUACUGUCACUGACUCCGGCACCCCUUCCCUCUCCACCGUCAAAACCAUUCUCGUUAAGGUGUCGGAUGUCAAUGACAACGCGCCCCGCUUCGCACACCCGUCCUACACGGUGUAUCUAAUGGAGAAUAACGCGCCCGGUGCGUCUAUCUGUUCGGUGUCAGCCUGGGAUCCCGAUUCCGAGCAGAACGCCUAUGUGUCUUACUGCAUCUUGGACGGUAAAAUCAAAGGCACUCCUAUAUCAUCCUACGUCUCCAUCAACUUAAACACGGGCAACCUCUAUGCGCUGCGCUCUUUUGACUAUGAGCAACUCAAGAAUUUCCGAGUUCAAAUCCAAGCGCAAGACGCGGGCUUCCCAUCCCUUCACAACAACGUAACAGUAACCGUGAUCAUCUUGGACCAGAACGACAACGCUCCCGCGAUCGUGUCCCCGCUUCCUCCCAACGGCUCGGUCGAGUGGGUGCCACGCUCCGCCGAUGCCGGUCACCUCGUGGCCAAAGUAACAGCGGUGGACGAUGACUCGGGUCAGAACUCCCGGCUGAGUUACCAGCUGGCCCAGGCGACCGACCCGGGACUGUUCAGCAUGGCACCCUUCACGGGAGAGAUCAGGACGACGCGCCGCCUUGAAGACUAUGAUGCCCCCAGCCAGAAGUUGGUUGUCCAUGUCACAGACAAUGGGAAGCCACCGCUCUCCACCUCGCUCACCAUCAGCGUUUCAAUAGUCGAUAGUAUUCCCGAGGUCAUCGCAGACUUAACAGAGGGGCCCCAAACCAUCGAAUUCUUCUCCGAGUUCAACCUUUACUUAAUCGUCUCGCUCGGCUCCGUCUCCUUCGUGUUCCUCUUGGCUAUCAUCGCCCUGAUCUCCAUCAAGUGUCACAAGGAUAGGCACGGCACCCUUGGCGACCGAUGCCCUCUCAGUACCUGUUGCCUCCGGGGCUCCCGCCGCUGCUGCCGUUUCCGCAGGAAACACUCCAGGGACGUGUUGAAUAAUUCACACACAAACUUCCAGAUGCCUCCCAGUGUGAAAGCCCCGCCGAGUUCAGUGGAUGUAGCGGGCGGCAGCGGUGGCACGCUCUCCCAGACCUACUGCUACAAAGUGUGCCUGAGUCCCGAAUCGGCCAAGAGCGACUUAAUGUUCCUCAAACCUUACAAUUCAUCCACGACCGGGGGGACCAAAGCCAAACCCGUCAGCCCCCACGUGAGUACUGCCAGAAAAGAGGGGUCAGACGGGACUAAUAUUGGAAGCAACGGAUCCAGCGAGGUGAGUUGAGACAAAGCAUGAUCAGAUAUUUGUCCAUUGAACUGCAGGAGCGCAGGGGACGAGGGGUUGACCUUAUAGAAGUGUGCAAAAUCACGAGAGAAAUAGAUGGGGUGCAUGCAUGGAGUCUUUUACCCAGAGUAGGGGAAUCAAGGACCAGAGGAC